AUGCCUAAGAAGAGAAAGAAUAACGGUCGCAACAAGAAGGGCCGCGGCCACGUCAAGCCCAUCCGCUGCUCUAACUGCUCGCGAUGCACUCCUAAGGAUAAGGCCAUCAAGCGGUUCACCAUCCGAAACAUGGUCGAGUCUGCUGCUACCCGUGAUAUCUUGGAGGCCUCUGUCUUCGGCUCCGACUACCCAGUACCCAAGAUGUACCUGAAGCUGCAGUACUGUGUCUCUUGCGCUAUCCACGGCAAGAUUGUACGUGUCCGAUCCACGGAAGGCCGCAAGAACCGCGCCCCUCCCCCGAGGGUCCGAUACAACAAGGACGGCAAGAAGAUUGUCCCCACCCAGGGCAAGUCCUAA